AUGGACCAACAAGAUUAUCCACCACCUGAAUCACACGAUUCGCAUCAAUCCAAUUCCACAACAUGGCAAGAGCCUGUUCAAUCACAACCACGUUUUCGAGGACAUGGUCACUACCAGGGUCCUUACUCAACAUCCAAUACACGAACGCGACCAUACGGAGAUUUUCAACAACGUCCUCGUUAUCCAUAUAAUAAACGUGGUGGUGGUGGUGGCGGCUAUCGUCACCAAAAUCGCGAUUCGAGUUCUACACAACAACAAGAACAAUCUGCGGAUAAUAACGAAUAUCCAUCGACGACGAAUUAUUACGGAAAUCGUACUUCGAGAGGUUUUUUUCGAGCCAAUAUGUUAGAUGAUCCUUGGAUAUAUAUGAAACCUGUGAAAGUUCCAGCGAAUGGUACGACACUAGUAUUCGACUCAACGAAUUAA